CCGGGAAAACCAGCGGUAGCGUUGAUAAGGCUACGUGAGAGGCCGAAAUGAAGGGGACGAGACACCGGCGAGGGUUUGACGCCGCCAUUUGGCUCACACACCGCAAGCAUGAAGGUGUUGCUCUCCCUGCUAGCCCUAGCAACCCUCGCCACCGCCUCCCAAGGCGGCGCUAGGGAGCAGCUGCAAGAGGACUUCGGCUACGUGGAGGUGCGUCCUGGCGCCCACAUGUUCUGGGUAAUGUACCACGUAGACCAGCCCGGCAACCACACCGAUUUCCCGCUCAUUAUGUGGCUCCAGGGCGGCCCAGGUGCUUCAGGGGUUGGCUACGGCAACUUCAUGGAACUGGGGCCUUACGACAUCAACGGCAACCUAAGGGAGUACGCGUGGACGAAGAAGGCCAACGUGAUGUUUGUGGACAACCCGGUGGGGACGGGCUACAGCUAUGUGGAGGACAGUUCGCAGCUCGCCACCGACAAUGCCAUGAUCGCCGCCGACCUGGUGACUCUCAUCAAAGAAGUCUUCUCUUCACACACGCACAUGCAAGUGAUGCCCUUCUACGUCUUUGCCGAGUCUUACGGAGGGAAAAUGACGGUCGACUUCGCUCUUGAGUUUGACAAGGCCAUUAAAAACGGCGAGGUGGUGAGUGACUUCCGUGGCGUAGGGCUCGGGGACUCCUGGAUAAGUCCUAUGGACUCUGUCAACACAUGGGGCACCUUCCUGUACCAGAUGGGCUUCGUCAACCAGAAGGGCCUUCAGGCCGUCGACAACGCCGCCGCCAACACUCAGGCCGCAGUGGAUGCCGGUCUUUGGGAAGAGGCUACGAACAGGUGGAGCUUGACCGAACUAGUAGUGACGGUUUACGCAAACAACGUGAACUUCUACAACGUUUUGGCCAAGGACGACAUCUACAGAGCAAAAAAAGAGUCUAACUCACCCGAUCUUUCCUUCAUGUCACCCGAUAUCCGCAGACUGUAUGACAACCACGUGGCGCACCAGACGCGUGACGCUCUAGGCGACUUCAUGAACGGGGGUCAGGCGGACAAAUGGGGCAUCCCUGACGGUGUGGUGUGGGACAGCCAGGGCGGCCUGGUGUUCAACACCCUCGCAGGGGACUUCAUGAAGCCAGUCGUGGAUUCUGUGGUGAGACUGUUGACCGAGACGACCCUGGACGUGGUAGUUUUCACUGGUGAUCUUGAUCUCAUCUGCGACACGCCAGGUACCUACAGGUGGAUUGAGAACAUGGAGUGGCCAGACAAGACCAACUUCACGGCCGCCGACAACACGCCUAUCUACAUCACCGCCUACUCGUCCCAAGCCGCCACAAUCCAAAAUUCAGGACAGCUCUCCCUGUACACCAUCUUCCGCUCGGGACACAUGGUGCCGAUCGAUGCUCCGGAGAUGGCCCUCAAGAUGCUGGACUUAAUCUUUGCCAACUCGAAAGAUAACAAGCCCCAGCACGACCCAACCAAGCAUGAAAAGACAGCCAAUUCAAAGACAGCAAAAGCAGCGAAGAAAGAGGCCGUCACGCAGGAAGACCAGCCAAAACAGGAGAUGCCUAUGCAAGGAGAACCUGCCCAGAAGUCCUUACAUCCUAAGCCUAUUAAACUUGCGGACCUGCAUGAGGAGGCUUUGAAGGAAGAAGCCGAGAAGGAAAAGGAAGCAGCCAGUCAGGACGAGGAAACUGAUAAAAAAGCUAAGCAGGGAAAGGAACAACAAAAUAAACAGGAGAGAGUAUACAAACGGGUAAAGAAGCAGAUGGCUUCUAAAAUGGAGAAAAUGCCUCAAAAGAAAACCAAAAAGGAAAAUAAGCAAGAGAAUAAGAAGCAUGAGCAGAAAAAGGAGCCCAAACUAGAAGAAGUCAAACAUAAAGUAGAUAAGCAGGUCAAACAAAAACAGGAGAAGACACCUCAGCAGGAACAGAAGAAAAAAAAGGAGGCGCCCAAACUGGAAGAAGUCAAGGAUAAUGUAGUUAAGCAGGUCAAACAAAAACAGGAGAAGACACCUCAGCAGGAACAGAAGAAAAAAAAGGAGGCGCCCAAACUGGAAGAAGUCAAGGAUAGUGUAGAUAAGCAGGUCAAACAAAAACAGAAGGCACCUCAGCAGGAACAGAAGCCAAAAAAAGAGGCGCCCAAGCAGGAGACUCGCAAACAGGAGGCCAAAGAGGGCGGACCCUUAAGAGAGGUGAAGAGAGUCAAGGCAAAUAUCUUGGAAGCUCACCAGCAGCAAGGACAUCAGCGCUUGCACAGCCCGGGCCCCCUGCCAGACCCUCGCCGCAUGCGACGCUAGUUGGCCGCCCAUCGCUGCACGUUGAGUUUCCACGCCCCGCUGCUAUCUCCCAGACUCAUGCCUUUCAUCCUUUAAAAAAUAAAAAUAUAUCCUUAAUCAAAGGUUAAAAACACACCUUUAUACUAGGCUAUUUCAUAUUUAGAAGAAAAUACGUAAUCUUAAACAAAAAUUGAAAGGGAUAAAACUCCCCAUGCCAAUGCAAAUAUAUGAUCUAUAGCAUCUUAAUAUAUCGGGCUGAAACCUUUAAGAAAAUUAAUCAGUAUUGUAGUAGCCAUCAUCCCUUCCCUAAUAACACAUAAAUGGUUAAUUGUCAAGUUAAUAAAUAAAUAAAGAAUCUUAAAAUACUGAAAAAAA